UCUUGUUUAUUUGUUGUAUUUGACUCAAGUAUUGCAUAUUAUAACCACCUUUCUAAUUGUAACAAUCUCAACCUGAACUGAACUAAAGGCAAUUAAUUUAGUCAAGAAAACGUCUUAAGAAUCCUUAAUUGCCAUUAACGCACACCUUAAUGAAGCAGCAUUCACAACCAUAAAGCCAUUCAGUUCCUGCUCUUUAAUUUCAACCUCGAAUCUUCUUCCUUGUGUGCUUUCAUGGAGUUAUGGUUCUCACUGGUUGCCUUUCUUUUACUAUGUUCUUCUCUUCAUGCACUCAUUAAACUCUUCAGAACCACCAAAAAGCUUCCACCAGGCCCUCCUACUAUACCAGUUAUCGGCAACUUCCUAUGGCUUCUCAAAACCUCCAAGAGCUUCUCCAAUGUCGAGCCUGUUCUUCGACAACUACGUGCCAAAUACGGCCCUAUUGUCACUCUCUAUCUCGGCUCUCAACCCUCCAUUUUCAUCACCAACCGUGACACCGCCCAUCGAGCAUUAGUUCAAGGUGGAUCCGCCUUUGCUAGCCGCCCCUUGGCAGUCCAAGCCACACAGGUCAUCUUCAGCAACCACCGCACCAUUGCAAUGAUUCCUUACGGAAACCAAUGGCGAAUUCUUCGUCAGAAUCUCAUGUCCUCCAUCCAUCCUACAAGAUUGAACUCCUAUUCUCCAUGUCGAAGAUGGGCAUUGGAGGUUUUGAAGAAUAGACUCGCAAGGGAAGCUAAAUUGGGGAGACCUGUUCGCGUUGUGGAUCACAUCCAACAUGCUAUGUUUUGCUUACUGAUUUACAUGUUGUUCGGUGAGAAAUUUGAAGAGAAAACCAUCAGAGAGAUUUCAGAAGCAACAAAGGCUGCUUUGUCGAACUUCACUAGAUUCAAUGUUUUGAAUUUCAUGCCAAUUGGAAUUGGGAAGAUUGUGUUUAGGAAGCUCUGGAAGGAGCUGUUACAGAUCCGCCAUAACCAGCUUGAAGUCUUUCUUCCUCUUAUUAGAGCAAGGCGCGAGAAAAGGAAGAAUGAGGAGAAAAUGGGUAACACCCAUGAAAGCUUUCUCGGUUACCUUGACACCCUUUUGGAGUUGAAGCUUCCUGAGGGAGCAAAAAAAGAGUUUUCUGAUGAGGAUUUAGUGAGCUUGUGUUCAGAGUUCUUGAAUGGCGGAACUGAUACCACCACCACCGCACUUCAAUGGGCAAUGGCGAAUCUGGUGAAGCACCAAGACAUACAAGAAAAGCUGCUCAGUGACAUCAACAGGGUUGUAAAAGCAGGGGAUGAGAUCAAAGAUGAUGACUUGAAGAGAAUGCCGUACUUGAAUGCGGUGGUGUUAGAGACUCUCCGGCGACACCCACCUGGACAUUUCAUAAUUCCCCGAGCAGUCGUGGAAGACACCAAAUUCGACGGCUACGACAUACCCAGAAACGCAAUGGUGAAUUUUACAGUCGCAGAUAUGGGUUGGGAUCCGAAAGUGUGGGAGGAACCAAUGGAGUUCAAACCAGAGAGGUUUCUGAGUGAUGGAGAAAAUGCACACCAGGUGUUCGAUAUAAAGGGUGUGAGAGAGAUCAAGAUGAUGCCUUUUGGUGCAGGGAGAAGAAUAUGUCCUGCCAUUUCUUUGGCAAUUCUGCAUCAACAAUACUUUGUAGCCAAUUUAAUUAGAGAUUUCAAAUGGACGGCUGAGAAUGGAUGUGAUGUCGAUUUGUCAGAGAAACAAGACUUCACUAUUGUCAUGAAAAGCCCACUUAUGGCAUUCAUAUCUCCUAGAAUAAAUUGA